UUACCACCAGCAUCGCUGCAAGACGCCUUCAUUGACGUUACUCGUCACAUGUUUAGAGGUGGCCAUGGGCGAGGUGUCUUCCAUGCCCAGCAGCUUCACCAUGGAGCACUUUCUCCUGGCGAACCGGGACCUCCUGGACAAGGACGAGGAACGCGCCUGGAUAAUCUGCGCAAGACAUCGUUGGAGAGAUGAGUGCGACCUGCUCACUCCGAUGGGCGUCAAGGACACCCUGCCUCACUGCAGCACCAAGCGAGCACUACGCACCGUGGAAGGAGCCCGGCACAAAGCAGUGGUCGUAGCCAGGGGCGCCGGACUGCUCCUGCUGUACAGGUCGCCCCCGCCCAGAGUCGCUGGCAGUGCGGUGGUGUGCGUCCGGAACGCGGCAAGACGACCACAGGAUGCGGCUGUCGGUUCUUAUACAGCAACGCACUCACGGCGGCCGUCUUCUUGGCAGCUCCCUGUCUCGGCUGCGGCGGCAGAAGAGCAGCGGGCAGCCGCACUGACCACGGCUGUGGUUUUUCAAGCCGAGCAGCCGACUUCAGCGGUGUUGCAGUGUGCAGCGAUGGCUAGGCCGUAUCCUCCAGAAGUGUGUUGUCUGCGUCUUCCUUUCCGAGAACGGCAAGAAACAGUCGUUUGUAGUAACGGAAUGAACGACGCGGUGCAUAAGCCGUUUUUUUUUCGCUAAACCCCGGUCACUGCUGCCACGUGACAGGAGACGUUCACGCGACUUCUUUUCGCUGAUACCGUGAGCUCCCUGGGCGUAUGGAAGCGAAUUUCGGGCCCCGCUGCGUUGAAAUCCCGGUCUCCUUGCACAAGUCUGGUGGAAGGUGGCCUGGAAAACCGCUGCGAGCUAGUCGCCGCGAUGCCAUCCCUGCGGCAAUGAUGCAGCGAAGGAGCGGCCCCGCUGGCGGCUAUCGCGAGAAAUGUUGUUUUAUAAUUUUUACUACAUUUUGAAUGUAU